GUUUAUCGCUUAUCGGUAAACCGUUUUAUACUUUAUGGGUGGUAUCUUCACAGUUGAAAAAUAUUUUUUUAAAGAAAUUAUUGUUGCGCUAAUAAUAAAAGUGUAAGUUUUAUUGAUGUAAGUAAAAUUGCGAAGAUAAAUGUGUGAAAAAGUUCGGGUUCAGAAAUUUUUCUACCUGUUACUUGUUUACUACCUGUUGUGAAGUUUCGGUUACACCUGUAUCGCCGUGAUUUUUUUUAAAAGUCAACUAUUUAAAAUGACUGCAUUGUCUUGGAAGAAAAUAGAAGACGAAAACGGGUUUCCUUAUUAUUAUAACAAGUCUACUGGAGCCAAGCAAUGGGAUCACCCUAAAUUUAGUGAAAUUGGACAAAGACUUGAUGACUGCAAUUAUGUUAAAUAUUCAAUCUAUAGAGUUGCUCUAAAAUUUAGAGUUUUACAGAAUGCUUUAUAUAUGGAUGAUGUUCCUCUAUCUAUAAUAGCAGGAGUUUUUGAACGACACAGAUUGGGGGCCAAUGAAAGUUCGCUUUGUCUGGAAAGUUGUGAAUUGGAAGCUGUUUUAUCGGACAUUUAUUUUGCUUCCAACAAAAAAAAUCACACAAAAAUUGACGUAGAUUUUGCUACAGAAUUGAUGCUUAAUUUUUUAUAUAAUGUAUAUGAUAGGCAUAGGAAAGGGAAAAUCCAAGUAUUAUCCAUAAAACUGACAUUAGCAAUUCUAAGUAAUUGUGAAGUGAAAGACAUGUACAGAUAUAUAUUUCAACAAUGCGCUGACCACAAUAAUUGCAUCACUCGACAACGACUUCAGUCGUUUUUAUCAAAAAUAAUUGAAGUCACUACCUAUUUACAUGAAGAUGCAAGUUAUGGCACUAAACUUAUUAACAUUUCACUAGAAAACUGUUUUAUGAAUUCUCCAGGUUUUGUGGGCAUCAACGAAUCAAUGUUCAUUUCAUGGGUGGACAACAAUCCAAAAAUCUUGUCAUGGAUGCCAGUUCUUCAGAGAAUUAAAACAGCAGAACCAGCACUACACUCAGUCAAAUGUACAACCUGUAAAACUAAUCCAGUUAUGGGUUUACUGUAUAAAUGCACCAAAUGUAGGAGAUACACACAAUGCCAACGAUGUUUUUUCACAGGAAGGACUACUGAUUCUCACAAGCUAUCCCAUCCGAUGAGAGAAUACUGUACAUUGGUGGAAGAAACGUACACUAAAAAUAAGAUACUGAAGAAAAUUUGUAGUAUAUUGAGGUGUUCAAACAAAAAUGAAUCAGUCUUUGUAGACACGAAACCAUUAAGUAGUGAUCAAGACUGCGUUGUUACUACAAACAAGCAGGAAACUUGUGAUGUAAAACCAAUGUCAUCUCCGAACACGCAACUGAAACUAGUGAUAAAAAGAUUGGAAAUGCAAAAUAAAGAGUUACAGCAGUUUUUGUAUUCAGACAAUUUGAAGGAGAAAGAAGUUUUGAGGUAUUUAGAAGAACAUAGAAUACAUAUAAAUGCACAAAUCGAGAGACUUAAAACACUAACGAAUUGUCUAUAUUCGAAGAAUUCUUCACCGGAACUGACGUUAAGAAAAUCAACGAAAAAAAGACUAGUCGAAUCAACACCAGUUGCGAGAAAUAAUUAUAAACAAAAUCGUUGUGGUACUAAAAGUAUGGAUAUGUUAAGCCCAAUAGUGUCAGGUUCUGAAAAUUGUACUGCAGAUGACAAUUUCGAUAUUCAAGAAAACGUGGACCAAACAAGUGAAAAUUUUACAGAAACUAGAAGUGUCGCUUAUGGAAUCGAUGAUAUGAGUACGUGGAUAGGAGGUCAACCCAAAAAUCAAACCAGCACAUUCAAAUCUGCAGUGUCAAGUUCAAAACCAAAACCAACACCCGGAGAACUUCACAGUGACCUGGACGAAGCUCUGGCUAAGCUGCAACAAAUACUUGCUAAUAACUUUUGUUUAGAUGAGUCUUUGGGUCACAUCGACAACACGAAUUUAAAGUAUGCCAUGUCCGAAGUCGAAGGAAUGCUAACCUCUUUUAUCGAUACUGUUGAGAACAGUAGAGCAAGUUCUGUCAGGUCGAAGAAAAGGAAUGAUGAGCUCGGAAUAGCAGUUUGAGUAAUAUAGAUUUUCUAGUUUUUGAUUUUGUUGUAUUGUUUUUAUUUUGAGCUCAAAACAUAGUUAUGUAGAUAUAAUAUGUGCAAUACAUAAAUGUAUACAAGUAGGUAUAUACCGUCAUCUUCAUACAAGAAUUAGGUAAUUAAUUUUUUAUUAAUAUCUUGUAAUCUUUCUGUUUGCAAUUGUAUUGUAAUUGUAAUUAUUCUUUAUUAAUUGCUACAUUACUGUAGGUAACCACUACUACCAUAAUGUUGGUGCUACAUGAUCUCAUAACUGAAAACUGAAAAUGUUUCAUACAAUCAAUUUUUGUACUAAGAUGACAUUUUAAAAACGAUAUAUUUAGACAAUCUAGUUUAUCUAUUUUAAAUUAGCUGGCACUCGUCAUGACGAAUUUGUACUUAAUUUUACUUACCUAUUUAUUUCCUUUUAUUACUUCGUGGACUAUAGAGUCAAUACACAUUUCUUUUAUCUGUAGCUCAAUGAGAGGCCUGGGAUUCCUUUCCAGGUCAUCGAUACAUCGUGUGCAUUUGAAAUAAUAUUAUUAAAAAUGAUUUUAUAAAGCUUUUUCGAUUCUGCUGAGCAGUAAUCAACCGCAAAAAUAUGAAUAUUGGUUGAUAUAUCGUGGAACUUAAUUUUUAGCUUAGCAGUUGUUUAUUUUUAGGUGUAUUAGAUUUUAUAUUUUUAUUUUAUAAAAAAUGACUGAUUUAUAUUGCUCGUUUUAAUUUUCAAGUAUUAAAUUGUAUAGAUAUAACGAUAUUUUACUGUUUUGUAAAAUACAAUAAAACAUAUUCUUAU